AGCACUGCGGUCCCCAUGGCAACGGCAAGAAGCAGCGCCAAGCUCUUGGGCGGUGCUGGCGCCUUGGCGGUUCGGACCCAAGGCGGCGCGGGAUCUGUAAACCGCCGCCCUGCGGGUAUAGGUGCUGUGGCCGCGUGGCCCGAGGGAGCCGGGACCUGGGGACUGCGGAGGGCGUGGCCAAGGCCGGAGGGGAAGGCGUUGGACCCCGAGACCCCCGCCUGUCCAGCCGUCGUCCGUGGGCCCCAGGUUUCCCACGCAGGAAGAGAGAGGAGAUUGGGUACCCCAGCCGAGGGGUACUCGAUCUCCGAGCCCAGAAUCUUCUCUGUUCUGCAGCUCCCGGACGGACUUGUGUUGCCCUUCCCCAUGGACGCCUCCUCGGGCCCAUGGAAUCCAGCCUCAGCUUCUUCCAUCAGCAGCCCUUCCCUGCUGCUCCCCAUCCCGGCCAUCGUCUUCAUCGCCGUGGGCGUGUAUUUGUUGCUGCUGGGCCUAGUGCUGCUGGCGAGGCACUGCCUGCUGGCUCAGGGCUGCUGCACAGACUGCAGCUUCCCGUGCAGAAAACAGACUGCCUCCGAGACCCAAGACUGUUGCUGGAGCUGCGCAGAAGCCUGUGACUUCCCUCUGCCCAGUCCAGCCCACUACCUGGAUGCCUGCUGCCCUCAUCCCAGCGAAGGCUGGGCCCCUCGCUGCCCCCGCUGUUGUCCACUGUGUGACUGUGCCUGUGCCUGCCAGAUUCCGGACUGCCAGAGCCUCAACUGCCUCUGUUUCGAGAUCAAGCUCAGAUGAAGGAUGGGGGUGGGGGGCUUGUUCUUUGGGGAGUGGCCCGCCCCCAGAGCCCCCUCUGUAAUGGCCCUCAGGACGUCACUACGAGGCCACUGGAACUACAGCUGGUGGGCCCAGCCUAGCUACCUGGGAGCCUUGAGUGGAGGGCCUGGUUCCCUGCGGGACAGGAUUCCGACGGCCCUUGGACAGAUGAACUGCGACCCCUUUGGAGGGCUGGAAAGAAAAGGGGCUGGUGUUCUGGCAGUGCCCUGGCCAUCAACCCCUCCCUCCCCUGGUAAACGAUGUACUUGAAGGUGAGGAUGCAGGACAUUGCUCACCUUGGCAACAGUAUGGGAGGGCUCUGCCAACCGGGAAUAUCAAGAUGUAGGGAUGGCCGGCCACACCCUGCCUGUAGACUCCCUGUUAAAGAGAUCCCAGACUCGAGAUUGAUUUCUCUUGCUCACUGUAUUUUCAAGGAAGCGUUUCCUCUAAAGACCGGAACGCGCUACCAUUGGCACCAUGCCC